UAUGGUUACACCAUCCUCUCAGUCGUCAUGGGAAUUGUCACAGUGACCGCUGUAGUCCUGAAUGUGGCUGUGAUUGUUGUGACUGCCCGGCAUCGGCAGCUUCGCCAGCCCCUGAACUACGCCUUGGUGAACCUGGCAGUGGCUGACCUGGGCACGGCGGUGAUGGGUGGAGUGCCUGCUGUACUGUCCAACGCAGCUGGCCACCAUGUCCUGGGAAGGGCAGGCUGCAUUCUGGAGGGCUUUUCUGUGGCUCUCUUUGGCAUCACGGCUCUCUGUACGGUGGCAUUGAUUGCUGUGGAGCGUCUGUUUGUGGUGUGUAAGCCACUAGGCAGCAUCAAGUUCCAGGGAUGGCACGCCGUAGUGGGUGUGGUCAUCUCCUGGUUGUGGUCUCUCAUAUGGAACACGCCCCCUCUCUUCGGCUGGGGCAGCUACGCGUUGGAGGGCGUCAAGACGUCCUGCGGGCCGGACUGGCAGAGCCGCCAGCCAGGCAACGUCUCCUACAUCCUCUGCUACUUCCUGUUGUGCUUUGCUGUCCCGUUCACACUCAUCGUGCUGUCGUACACCUGGCUGCUCUGGACCUUACGACAGGUGGCUCAGAUGAGUGGGGGAGCUGCUGCUAAAGCUGAGGCCAAGGUGGCAUGUAUGGUUGUUGCCAUGGUGCUGGCAUUCCUGGUCAGCUGGAUGCCCUACUCUGUGCUCGCCCUGGUGGUUGUAUUUGACCCCGAAGUCAAAGUCGGCCCACUUGUUGCCAUGUUACCGGUGUACCUGGCCAAAAGCAGCACAGUCUACAAUCCCUUGAUCUACAUUUUCAUGAACAAACAGUUCCAGAAGUAUGCUGUGCCCUUCCUGUUCUGUGGGUGGAGCCCUUGGGAGUUGGAGGAGUCGGAUGCCGAGCCUCACACCACCAUCUCCUCCGUGGGCAACCAGGUCUCCCCUGAGCCAUGAAGCCCUACGGGGGAGGGGCACGACAGAAGGAGCAAACCACUGGAACUUACAGUAGUCAGCGG